UAAAAUUAGUGUUUGUUCUAAAUAAACGAGAAACUACACGUUCAUACACACACAAAGUUAUAAAUAGAUUGAAAUUUUUUCAAAAAAACAUUAAAAGAAAAAUGUUUUAAAAGAAAACAAACAAAUGUUAUUAAAUUCAAAAUGCAUUUAAAGAAUAUAAAUAUUUUGAUUUUAGUGUUAGUGUUUGUAAUAAAACCUAUAACAUGUUACGAAUCUAGGGACAAUUUUGAUAUUUCUCCACCGGCUGAGUCCAAUUAUCACAUACCUAUAGGGCUAAUUACUGAUGUUAACUCGGAUCUGCUAAGACAAACCUUUGAUUAUGCCAUAUCGGUUAUAAAUUCCGACUUAAAUGUACCUUUAAUGGGUUACCACGAAGAAAUCGAUUAUGGCAAUACUAUACAGGGUUUUAAUCGUUUGUGUAAACUUAUGCAGACUGGCGUUGGUGCCAUAUUUGGACCUACAGCCAAACACACUGGCACACAUCUUAUGAAUGUCUGCGAUAGCAAGGAUCUACCCUAUGUUUAUUCUCACAUGAGUGAUCUGAUUGAAGGUUUUAAUCUCCAUCCUCAUCCAAUGGAUAUUGCCAAGGCUUUGCAUGCAAUUAUAACGGAAUUCGAAUGGUCGCGUUUUAUAUUUCUCUAUGAAAAUUCCGAAUAUCUGACUAUUUUAAAUGACUUGAUGACAUUGUAUGGCACGAAAGGACCCAUUAUAUCGGUAUUGCGUUAUGAUUUAAAUUUAAAUGGUAAUUUUAAAUCGGUUUUGAGGAGAGUACGCAAAUCAGUGGAUAGCAGAAUUGUGGUGGUUGGAUCGACGUCCUCGGUGGGGGAGUUAUUGAAACAGGCCCAACAAGUUGGCAUAAUUAAUGAGGACUACAAGUAUAUUAUUGGCAAUUUGGAUUUUCACACCUUCGACCUGGAGGAAUACAAAUACAGUGAAGCAAAUAUUACCGGAUUUCGUUUGUUCUCGGCCGAACAACCUGAAGUGCAAAAUUUAAUGCUGGAAUUGGGUUUUAUAGAUGACAUCGAACAGAAUGAAAUGAUAGCAAAUGGUUCGUGUCCAAUUACCACCGAAAUGGCCUUAAUUUAUGAUGCUGUUAUAGCAUUUGCCGAGACUACGAAACAUAUACACUACAUGCCACAGACUUUAAAUUGCUCGGCUUUUGCGGACAAUGUGCAGGAAGAUGGUUCUACUUUCAAGAAUUACAUGAGAUCGCUUUUAAUUGAAAAGAACACCUUAAGCGGUCACAUCUUUUUCGAGGGCACGAUUCGUAAAGGUUUUACUUUGGAUGUUAUAGAGCUGCAAUCAUCGGGCCUGGUUAAAGUUGGAACCUGGGAAGAUAAUAAAAAUUUUACAUUCCAAAGACCGGCUCAAGUUAAGAUAAUUUUGGAUACGGAUGAUAAUUCCAUGGUUAACAAGACCUUUAGGGUGUUAAUAGCAGUGCCGAACAAACCGUAUGCCAGUUUGGUGGAAAGUCAUAAAAAAUUACAUGGCAAUGCCCAGUAUGAGGGUUAUGGUAUAGAUUUAAUUAAGGAACUGGCCGACAAUUUGGGUUUCAAUUUUACUUUCAUCGAAGGCGGCAAUAAUUAUGGCUCCUUUAACAAGACCACCAAUGUAACAACGGGCAUGUUAAAGGAAAUUGUGGAAGGGCGGGCAGAUUUAGCUAUAACGGAUUUGACUAUAACUUCGGAGCGGGAAGAGGUCAUUGAUUUUUCCAUUCCAUUUAUGAAUUUGGGUAUUGCCAUUUUAUAUUUAAAACCUCAAAAAGGUGAACCCACUACCUUCUCCUUCAUGGACCCCUUCUCAAAACAAGUUUGGAAAUAUUUAGGCAUUGCCUAUUUAGGUGUGUCCAUAUGUUUCUUUGUUUUGGGUAGACUCUCACCGACUGAAUGGGAUAAUCCGUAUCCUUGUAUUGAGGAACCUGAAGAAUUGGAAAAUCAAUUUACAAUAAAUAAUUCAUUGUGGUUUACGACGGGUGCAUUUUUGCAACAGGGUUCUGAAGUAGCACCAAAAGCUUUGUCCACACGUACUGUGGCCGCUAUCUGGUGUUUCUUUACCCUCAUUAUGGUUUCGUCUUAUACAGCCAAUUUAGCUGCCUUCUUGACCAUUGAAAAUCCUACACAAAUUCUAGAGAAUGUUCAAGAUUUGGCCGACAAUAAGGGCGGAGUACAAUAUGGUGCAAAACGGACCGGUUCUACCAGAAAUUUCUUUUUAACUUCGGAGGAAGAAAUCUACAAAAAAAUGAAUGAAUAUAUGCUGGAAAAUCCCCACUUGUUGACCGAAACAAAUCAAGAAGGUGUACAGCGUGUGGUUGACAGUGAUGUGCCGAAUGGUGCCACGUAUGCUUUCCUUAUGGAAUCCACAUCCAUUGAAUUUAAUAUCGUGAGAGAGUGCUCGCUGCAAAAGGUGGGAGAACCUUUGGAUGAGAAGGGUUAUGGAAUUGCUAUGGUUAAAAAUUGGCCUUAUCGUGAUAAAUUUAAUAAUGCUUUAUUGGAGUUGCAGGAACAGGGUGUAUUGGCACAAUUAAAACAAAAAUGGUGGAAUGAAGUGGGAGCUGGUGUUUGUAAUUCGAAAAAAGAUGGUGGCAUGGUUAGCGCUUUGGAUUAUGCUAAUUUGGAAGGUAUUUACUACGUUUUAAUUGUGGGCAGUGCAAUAUCUAUGUGUUAUGGCAUGAUUUAUUGGUGUUUUAAUGUCAGCAAAAAGGCUCGCUUCUAUGAUGUUCCCUUCCGUGACGCCCUAUUUGAAGAAUUUAAAGUGUUAAUUGAUUUUACCAACAAUGUGCGUAUGUUGAAAAGUGCUCAUUCGGUUUAUUCGCGAAGUCGACAUUCUUCUUUAGAUUCUUUUGAAACGGAUUCCGGUGAAGAAAGUGAAGACGGCAGUAUGGAAGAUAGUGAAGAAAAAAAAUUGAAAAUGUAUUUUAAAAAAAUUUAUUUAUUAUUGACCAUAAUUUUAAUACUUUUUAUAACAACAUCUGCUCAAUAUGGUUAUUCCCAUUACGAUGAUAUAGCAUCGUCAUCAUCAGACAUUAUAACAAUAGGUUUACUAACCGAUCAGCAGCAUGAAGAAAUGAAUAUUGUAGUGGAUUUUGCCAUUGAAAAUGCCAAUAUGGAGUUAGGAACAGCUUUAGCUAUAAUCAGAGAUCAAGUACCAUAUGGAAAUUCUUUUUUGAGUUACGGAAAACUAUGUCGCAUGAUGGAGACGGGGAUUGGGGCAGUAUUGGGACCAUCAUCCAAACACACCGCCUUUCAUCUAAUGUCCAUAUGCGAUGCCAAGGAUAUACCAUAUUUUUACUCGUUUAUGGGUGAAGCUGCGGAGGGCUUUAAUUUAUAUCCCCAUCAAGACGAUUUGGCAAAAGCGUUAUAUUCACUAUUGACAGAAUUCGAAUGGUCACGUUUUAUAUUUCUGUAUGAAUCGGCGGAAUAUUUGAAUAUAUUGAAUGUUUUAAUGGCUCAAUAUGGCGCAAAUGGUCCUGUAAUAACGGUAUUGCGUUAUGAUUUGAACUUGAAUGGCAACUAUAAGACGGUAUUGAGAAAAGUGCGUAAAUCAUUGGAUAAUCGUAUUGUGGUAGUGGGUGCAACGGAAACUAUGCCGGAGUUCUUGAAACAGGCUCAACAGAUUGGCAUCAUAAACGAGGAUUAUAAAUAUAUUAUAGCAAAUUUAGAUUUCCAUUCAUUCGAUUUGGAAGAAUUUAAAUAUAGCGAAGCCAACAUUACCAGCUUAAGAAUGUUUUCCCCGGAAAAACCGCAAGUCAAGGAACUAAUGGAAAAAUUAGGAUACACAUUUGUUAGUGAAGGAUUUCAAAAUGGUUCCUGUCCCAUAACCAUGGAAAUGGCUUUAACAUACGAUGCCAUUCAACUAUUUGCCGAAACUACCAAUCACAUUCCGCUGAAACCAACUCCAUUAAAUUGCACCGAUCGUAGUGAUAGUGUACGAGAUGAUGGUUCCACAUUUAAAAAUUAUAUGAGAUCGCUUAAUAUACAUGAAAACACUUUAACUGGACGCAUUUACUUUGAGGGCAAUGUUAGAAAGGGAUUUACUUUCGAUGUCAUUGAAUUACAGCCAUCUGGCAUUGUUCAAGUGGGCUCUUGGGAUGAAACCAAUAACUAUACAAGUCUACGGUUUGCCCCUACAAAUGCGGUAUUUGAAAAUGUGGACAACUCAUUGGCCAAUAAAACUUUUAUUAUAUUACUUUCGGUGCCGAAUAAACCCUAUGCCAGUUUAGUGGAAAGUCAUAAAAAAUUGGAUGGCAAUAGUCAAUAUGAAGGUUAUAGUGUGGAUUUGAUUAAGGAAUUAUCUGGUAAGUUGGGUUUCAAUUAUACUUUUGCUAAUGGCGGUAACAAUUAUGGCACAUUUAACAAGACUUCUAAUGUGUCGACGGGGAUGUUAAAGGAAAUUAUGGAAGGCCGUGCCGAUUUGGCUGUAACCGAUUUGACUAUUACUUCAGAAAGAGAAGAAGCUAUAGAUUUUACUAUACCUUUCAUGAAUUUGGGUAUUGCGAUAUUAUUUUUAAAACCCCAUAAAGCAGCGCCAGAUACAUUUUCCUUCAUGGACCCCUUCAAUAAAGAUGUUUGGGAAUAUUUGGGCUUGGCUUUCAUCGGAGUGGCGCUGUCAUUUUAUAUAUUAGGUCGUUUAUCGCCCACAGAAUGGGACAAUCCUUAUCCUUGUAUAGAAGAGCCCACCGAAUUGGAAAAUCAAUUUACUUUAAGUAAUUCGCUGUGGUUUACAACGGGAGCUCUGCUGCAGCAGGGUUCUGAAAUAGCACCUAAAGCAUUGUCAGUGAGAACUAUGGCUUCCAUAUGGUGGUUUUUCACCCUGAUUAUGGUUUCAUCUUAUACCGCCAAUUUAGCCGCGUUUUUGACCAUUGAAUCACCUAAAGUAUUAAUUGAAAAUGUUGAUGAUUUGGCGGAAAAUAAAGAAGGUGUGGUGUAUGGUGCCAAGAGUACUGGCUCCACAAGAAAUUUCUUUAUGACCUCGGCCGAUCCACGUUAUAUAAAAAUGAAUGAAUUUAUGAAUAAACAUCCGGAGCUGUUAACUGAAAAUAAUGAAGAGGGUGUCAAGCGUGUUAAAGAUGCCAAAGAUAUUGAACCCAAAUAUGCUUUUCUUAUGGAAUCGACCACUAUUGAAUACAAUACGGUUCGAGAAUGUGCUUUGAAGAAAAUAGGCGAUGCAUUGGAUGAAAAGGGUUAUGGGAUUGCCAUGAGAAAAAAUUGGGCUUAUAGAGAUAAAUUUAAUAAUGCUUUAUUAGAGCUGCAGGAACAAGGUGUUUUAGCCAAAAUGAAAAAUAAAUGGUGGAACGAAGUGGGAGCUGGCAUAUGUGCGUCGAAAAAAGAACAAAGUGAUGCCAAUCCCCUGAAUAUGAAAAAUCUGGAAGGUAUUUACUGGGUAUUAGUGUUUGGCAGUGGCAUGGCAUUGAUACAUGGCAUAAUAAGUUGGAUUUGCUUUGUUAUUCGCAAGGCUCGAAGUUACAGGGUACCUUUAAAGGCAGCAUUUGCAGAAGAAUUUAAAUUUGUUUUGGAAUUUACCACCUACACCAGAGAAUUGAAAAAUUCCGCCUCGAUUUAUUCACGCAGCCGCAACUCAUCCAUAAAUAUAGAAUCGUUAGAUGCUGAGAUAAAUACCAUAGAUAAUUAACAAUUACAAUGCUUAAUAUUUAGUUGUUUUACAAAAUAAGCUUUUAAAAAGUUAAAAGUUUGUUUUUGUUUAUUAUUUUUAAAAUACAUAAAUGGAAUGAAUGUUAACAUAAUUUUUCAAAAUCAAAUAAACUUUAAAUUAAUAAAUAAAUAAAUACUUAAAAUAUUAUAAAGAAAUUUAUAAAAAAUACUGCUAAAAUAUUAAUCGAAUGUAUAAGAAUUAGUAAACAUAUAAGGAAAAUACAAUAAUUUGAGAAAAGUUAAAAUUCGACAAAUUCUGAUAUUUGUUUACAUAUAUGUUUGUAAAAUUAUAAUGCAAAACAAUUGGUAACUGUUAAUUGUCUAUAAAACCUUGAUUUGCAUUUGUUAAUAAGAAAAAUAAAAUUAUUUGUUAAAUCACUUUUGUAUAGAAAGCAACUUGUAGGUAUAAACUUCUUAAAGACACAAAUCAAUGGUUUU